AUGAGAUUAAUAGAAAGUGGAGAAUUUGAUGGUGAAAAUACAUUAAUGUGUUAAUAUGAAAUAUCAUAUGGAUCUAAUUUUAAACCAAUUGGUAACUUGCAUAUUUUAGAAGGAAAAUCUUAAUUUUCAUAAUCAUUUGGUUCAUAUAAUAAAGAAAUAAUAUUUAAUUUACCUUUUGAAGGAAAUUUCGAAUUAGAAUCCCCUUUUGGUUGGCCUUAAUUAAUAGUUUAAAUUUACGGGUAUAAUUUUUUUGGUUUGUCCGAAAUUAGAGGUUAUGGAAGUACUCAUAUACCAUCAUAGUCAGGGACUCAUGAAAGAACUAUUAGAAUCUAUAAAACACUUGCAACUAACUCAAUAUCGUAAUUUUUUAGUUAUUUUACUACUCAAGAAGUAAAAAUGAAUGAUGUUAAAAAAACUAUUGGCGAUGCUUAAGGAAGAAAUAGUAACUUUUUUAGUUUUAUUUUUUUGUUAAUAAUUUUUAUUUUAAAAAAGUAUUAAAAACUAAACAUAUUGGAGAAAUUAAUGUUAAAUUUAAUAUAAUGA